CGAACUGGGCAACGGGCAGCUUUUGCGAGACGUUCAGGUAGACACGAUUAUCGCAUCCAGGCUCAGCCACUCCACUGCCAAUGUCUUUGUUGUCUGUUAGCUCAAUGACCGCUUUACCUGGCCCACCAACUAUUCGCCUAUGUCAAAUGGUAUUAUACGAUAGUUGCCCCCCACCCGUGCCCUAGUCCCAGCACUUGGCGAUGCAUCCAGUACCUGGGCGCAGUAGGCCUAGUCGCUAUUUUAAGGCCGGUAUCAAAUGACUAUUGAAGUCACCGGAGAGGAGAAUGAUCAUGUUACCAAAUGCGUACAAUGGAAUCGGCACUCGAUGGUUGCCACAAUAGCCUAAGGCGAUCAAAUAUAAAGCGUUGAGGCAGCCAGGUGAGAUGGCAUUCCUGUACAGGAUUCUUUCCCUCGUCAUCACUCGCAGCUGCGUAUCCCCCAGCCCCUUAGUGAACUGUUGGCGUUACCUUCUUCGAUGAUCUGUGCCUUUGUUCCCCGAGGACAUCAAGCCAUACGUAACGUGCUAUGUGGUCUCGACUUUACUCUUGGGCCAUAGGUCUUGGCUUAAUAUCGACUGUGCUGGCGUCUCCUUUCCGGGUGCAGGAAGUAGGUGCCGUUUUGGCUAUCGAUUCUGACUUCCCCGAUCCAAGCUUUGUGCAAGCAACAGAUGGUACUUGGUAUGCCUUUGGCACGAAUGGGAACGGCAAGCGUAUCCAGGUGGCUUCUUCUGGGGACUUCAAAUCAUGGACUCUUCUUGACAAGGAGGCUUUACCUACACUUGCCAACUGGGAGACUGAGAUAGAUCACUGGGCACCUGAUGUGAUAAAACGGAACGAUGGUAAAUACGUCAUGUACUACUCGGGCGAGGCCAAGGAGAUGGUGAGGCACCAUUGUGUAGGUGUUGCCGUCUCUGAAGGCACAGAUCCUACUGGGCCCUAUGUACCUAACGAGACACCUCUGUCUUGCCGUCUAGACCAGGGUGGCUCAAUUGAUCCGGCAGGCUUCCUGGACAAGGAUGGCAGCCGCUAUGUGGUAUUCAAAGUUGAUGGGAACAGUAUUGGAAAUGGUGGGGACUGCAACAAUGGCAUCCCUCCCCUUAAACCGACCCCUAUUCUUUUACAGAAAGUUGCGGAUGAUGGCUUCACUCCGGUCGGUGAUGCUAUCCAGAUACUUGACCGUGACGACAGCGAUGGGCCACUAGUCGAAGCCCCUAACCUGAUUCUACAUGGAGACACAUACUUUCUUUUUUACUCCACACAUUGCUACACGGACCCCAAGUACGAUGUUCGUUAUGCCACCUCGAAGUCAAUUACCGGGCCCUAUGUCAAGAAUGGCGAGAAAUUGCUCCAAUCUGGUGACUAUGGUCUUACUUCUCCUGGGGGCGGUACUGUCUGUGGCUGCGGAGACCGGAUGUUGUUCCAUGGCUUCUGUCGAAACAACACACGGUGUACAUAUGCUGCCAAUAUCUCGAUAUUAGACCAGCAGGUGACUCUCCUAUGACCUUAGUAAAAUAACCCCUUUCACACUGUAUCUAUUUGGAGGAGGGACCGGGUCUGGG